AUGGAGAAACACGAGGAGGCGGCAGUUGCCGGGCAGGAAUUGGGCCAUGGGGAGAAGGGAGAGCUCGUUCACAUCGAUGUAACGCGUGAUAUCACUCGCGCUGAACACGAGCUUGGCUUCUGGCAGGCCAUGAGACAGUAUCCCACGGCUACGUUCUGGGCCAUGUUUUUCAGUAUUGCCGUCAUCAUGUCGGGUUAUGAUGGCCAAAUCAUCUUCUCUUUUUACGCUCUCCCAGCAUUCCAAAAGCGAUACGGAAAUCUUGUCGGCGGCUCCUACGAAAUCCCUGCCCCAUGGCAGACCGCCCUCGGAAUGGGCAACCCAAUCGGCCAAGUUCUUGGUGCACUUGCCAGUGGCUAUCCGAUGGAACGAUUCGGCCGAAGAUGGACACUAGCUGUGUGCUGCGUAUGGUCAAUCGGCUUUGUUUUUGUGCAAUUUUUUGCCAACUCUCUUUCGAUGCUCUGCGCCGGCGAAAUUCUAGGCGGUCUAGCUUACGGUUUCUACGUGGUGAUUGCUCCGACCUACGCGUCGGAAAUCUGUCCCCUGGCUCUCCGGGGUCUGCUCACGGCAUUCAUCAACUUGGCCUUUGUCAUCGGUCAGUUUAUUGCGCAAGGAGUUGCUGCUGGCCUAGAGGGCCGAGAAGAUGAGUGGGCAUAUAAGGCGCCAUUUGCACUGCAAUGGCUCUGGCCCUUAGUGAUCCUCGUGGGCCUACCAUUUGCUCCAGAAAGUCCAUAUUGGCUUGUCCGCCAGGGACGCAAGGAAGAUGCCCGUAAGGCGUUGGUGAAAUUGUCGUCUUCUAAAAAUGCACCAGAUAUCGACCAGGUGCUGCUUGGAGUAGAGCAGACAGAUCUCCUGGAACAAGAAUUUGAAGCAACGACGAGCUAUUUGGAUUUGUUCAAGGGUGUCAACCGCGUACGAACCGAGAUUACAAUCAUGGUAUAUCUAAUCCAAGUCAUAGCAGGUAAUCCGCUUAUUGGCUAUGCCAACUACUUCUUUGAACAAGCCGGCCUUAAUCCUGCAGAGGCAUUCAACAUGGGCGUUGGAAACACGGCGUUGGGAUUCGUCGGUACCAUCACAUCAUGGUUUCUACUAAACUAUUUCAAACUCGGUCGCCGAACAAUCUACAACACCGGCAUGUGGGUGAUGACGGUGCUUCUCUUCGUCAUCGGCUUCCUCAGUAUCCCAUCUCACAAUACAGGUGCGAUCUGGGCGAUGGCCAGUUGCAUGGAUGUGUGGACGUUUAUCUAUCAGAUGACCGUUGGGCCUAUAUGCUUUGUUGUCAUCUCCGAGAUAUCUUCUACACGAUUGCGGACAAAGUCUAUCGCGAUUUCUACCGCUGUUCAAUCAUUCUUCAACAUUAUCAGCACAAUCGCCAUGCCGUAUAUGUUAAAUAGCGACCAGGCCAAUUGGGGAGGCAAGGCGGGCUUUUUGUUCGGAGGAUUCAGCUUCUUCUGCGCCAUCUGGUGUCAUUUCAGGCUACCUGAGAGCCAGGGAAGGACAUUUGAGGAGCUUGAUAUCCUCUUUCAGAGAAGAGUACCACUAAGACAGUUCAAGACUUAUGACCUCUUGGUAGAGACAGAAGGGGAAAAGACUACGACGGCAUGA